CGUUCCCACUUUCCCUCUCCUCGUUCAACCCACAGAUUUUUCAUUUUUCCAUUUUCCUUCCCUUGUUUUUUUUUUUUUUUUUUUCCUCUUUCUAUGCGUGUUUAUUAUACAAAUCUCUACAUAGAAGUAGAACCCCAUAUAUCUCUUUUUCUCCGGUAAAUAAAUAAAUCCUAUACAUAUACAUACAUAAUAUAUAUAUCGCCGGAGAAAGUAUGCGGGACGUACAGUUGACGGUGCCCGGAAAGAAGUCGCCGUCGGCGAGAGCGGCGGCGAUGGAGGAUGUUGAUUUGGAUGGUGUAGGAGAGGAAGUGAGGCUUUUAGAUUCGUAUGAUGAAGAGAAUUUGGAGAAGAAUUUGAGGAGAAUUGAGGUAAGAGUUACGGGGAUGACAUGUGCAGCUUGUUCAACAUCAGUAGAAGGAGCUUUGAUGGAUGUUAAUGGUGUUGUUAAAGCUUCUGUUGCUUUGCUUCAGAAUAAGGCUGAUGUUCUCUUCGAUCCUACCUUGGUCAAGGAUGAAGAGAUUACAAAUGCUAUAGAAGAUGCUGGGUUUGAGGCAGAGCUUCUUUCAGAACCAAAUGCAUCUCGUACAAAUCCACAUGGAACUGUCGUAGGCCAGUUCAUGAUAGGUGGUAUGACAUGUGCAGCUUGUGUAAGUUCUGUUGAAGGGAUCCUAAAGAACCUCCCAGGUGUAAGAAAGGCCGUAGUUGCUUUAGCUACAUCAUUAGGAGAGGUUGAAUAUGAUCCAUCCAUAAUCAGUAAGGAUGAUAUAGCAAAUGCAAUUGAAGAUGCCGGUUUCGAGGCGUCCUUUGUGCAGAGCAGCGAGCAGGACAAGAUUGUACUUGGGGUGGUUGGUAUUUCUGGUGAGAUGGAUGCACAAUUGUUACAAGGCAUUCUUUCAAAGUUGCAUGGAGUUAAACAAUUUUAUUUUGAUCAUGUAUCAAGUGAGCUUGAAGUUGUCUUUGAUCCUGAAGUUAUUGGAUCAAGAUCUUUAGUUGAUGGCAUUGAAGGGGGAAGCUGUGGCAAGUUUAAGUUACUUGUCAAGAACCCUUAUACAAGAAUGGCUUCCAGAGAUUUAGAAGAGUCCUCGCGUAUGUUUCGGCUUUUUACAGCAAGCUUAUCCCUCAGUCUUCCUGUGAUUCUAAUGCGAGUCCUCUGCCCUCGGAUACCUCUGCUUUAUGCUUUACUACUUUGGCAGUGUGGUCCUUUUCAAAUGGGUGAUUGGUUAAAGUGGGCUUUAGUUACUGUUAUCCAAUUUGGUAUUGGUAAGCGUUUCUAUAUUGCAGCAGGAAGAGCGCUUCGAAAUGGUUCCACAAACAUGGAUGUCUUGGUUGCACUGGGAACUACAGCUUCCUAUGUUUAUUCUGUUUGUGCAUUACUUUAUGGUGCAAUUUCUGGGUUCUGGUCUCCAACUUACUUUGAAACAAGUGCCAUGUUAAUCACAUUUGUACUUCUGGGGAAGUAUUUGGAAACUCUUGCUAAAGGAAAGACAUCGGGUGCGAUCAAAAAACUUGUUGAGCUUGCUCCUGCUACAGCUACACUGCUUGUCAAAGACAAAGGUGGAAAAGUUAUAGGAGAAAGAGAAAUAGAUGCUUUGUUAAUUCAGCCUGGAGAUAUUUUGAAAGUACUUCCUGGUAACAAAGUUCCUGUGGAUGGUGUUGUUAUAUGGGGUUCAAGCCAUGUGAAUGAGAGUAUGGUCACUGGAGAAUCUGCACCUGUUUUGAAAGAGAUCAAUUCAGUGGUGAUUGGAGGUACAAUCAAUUUACAUGGUUCUCUUCAUAUACAGGGCACAAAAGUAGGGUCGAACACAGUCUUGAGUCAGAUAAUAUCUCUGGUUGAGACAGCACAGAUGUCAAAGGCUCCCAUUCAGAAGUUUGCCGACUAUAUUGCAAGCAUUUUUGUCCCUGUGGUUGUUACUCUGUCCUUAUUGACAUUUUUUGGAUGGUAUGUUACUGGGGUUUUUGGAUGCUAUCCAGAAGAAUGGCUUCCAGAAAAUGGCAAUUAUUUUGUAUUUUCUCUGAUGUUUGCAAUAUCUGUUGUGGUUAUUGCAUGUCCUUGUGCACUUGGUUUGGCCACCCCAACUGCUGUUAUGGUUGCGACAGGGGUUGGCGCCAACAAUGGUGUGCUGAUAAAGGGAGGAGAUGCGCUGGAGAGGGCACAGAAGAUUAGUCAUGUGAUAUUUGAUAAGACAGGCACUUUGACCCAGGGAAAAGCUAAAGUCACAACUGUCAAAAUUUUCAAUGAGAUGGAUCGUGGAGAAUUUCUUACUUUGGUAGCUUCUGCAGAGGCUAGCAGUGAACACCCCUUGGCUAAAGCCAUCCUGGAAUAUGCUCGUCAUUUCCAUUUCUUUGAUGAACCUUCUAAUACCAGCGAGUUUCAAACUUACAGCGAACAGGCUAAGUUUUCUGGAUGGCUUCAUGAUGUAUCAGAUUUCUCUGUUUUGCCUGGAAAAGGUAUACAGUGCUCCAUCGAUGGGAAAUGGGUUUUGGUUGGUAACCGGAAGCUGCUUACCGAACAUGGGAUAACUAUACCUUCCAACGUAGAGAAUUUUGUCGUAGAGUUGGAAGAAAGUGCAAGGACUGGCAUUCUUGUUGUUCGGGAUAAUAGUGUAAUAGGAGCUCUGGGGAUAGCAGACCCACUAAAGAGAGAAGCGGCUGUUGUUGUAGAGGGCCUUAUAAAAAUGGGCGUCAAACCAAUCAUGGUUACUGGUGAUAAUUGGAGAACAGCUCGUGCAGUUGCUAAGGAGGUCGGCAUUCAGGACGUUAGAGCAGAGGUAUUGCCAGCAGGAAAAGCUGAGGUCGUCCGUUCAUUUCAAAAGGGUGGCAGUGUAGUUGCUAUGGUAGGUGAUGGGAUCAAUGAUUCACCUGCAUUAGCUGCUGCUGAUGUUGGUAUGGCAAUUGGAGCUGGAACCGACAUUGCAAUAGAAGCUGCUGAAUAUGUGUUAAUGAGGAGCAACUUGGAGGAUGUCAUCAUUGCCAUAGACCUCUCGAGAAAGACAUUUGCACGGAUUAGGUGGAACUACAUCUUCGCCAUGGCAUACAAUGUGAUUGCCAUCCCCGUGGCUGCCGGGGUUUUCUUUCCUUUGCUAAAGCUUGGGUUGCCACCAUGGGUGGCUGGUGCAUGCAUGGCAAUGUCAUCUGUAAGUGUUGUAUGUUCAUCUCUGUAUCUAAAGAGGUACAAGAAGCCCAGACUUACCACUAUAUUGGAAAUAACUAUAGAAUAGGAAUGAGGGCAAAGUAUGAACAGCCAAAAAACAAAAAAAACAGUAGGCAUUAGGAUCAACUCGGAUUUGUGUAUUCCUUAACCUUUUUCUUCUUUUUGGUUUCAUACAUGGGGUGAAUUUUCCACCCUUUCAAUGUAAAUGCUGCCUGUUUGUAAGUUCUCUCUGAAAGAGCAUUUCUUUUUAUGAGCUUUAACUUCUA